AUGGCUUCAAUUGGUAAAUCUAUAGCUAUUUUUGGAGGCAAUGGUUUCUUGGGAAAGAAAAUAUGUGAAACCGGAAUAAAAUUGGGAUACCAGGUAACGUCAUUUUCUCGCUCUGGGCAAGCACCAGCAGUUAGUUCUCCAUGGGUUAAAGAAGUGAAAUGGGAAAAAGCAGAUAUUUUUAACCCAGAUACAUACAAAGAUAAGUUAUCAAAUGUUAACUCAGUGGUGCAUUCUAUAGGACUUCUCUUUGAAAAUCAAAAUUACAAAAAGACAGUGAAUACAAAUUUUAAUUUUUUGAAUGACGUGCAAAAUUUAGCCAAUAUGGUAAAGAAACCAAACCCAAUGGAUAGGACCAGCCAUAACACUUAUGAGGGUAUACAGAGAGAUUCAGCUGUGAUAUUAGCUGAUACAUUUUUGAAGGUCCAACCAAAUAAUCCUUCAUAUGUGUAUAUAUCAGCAGAUCAGAAGAUACCAUUUGUCCCAUCGGGGUAUAUCGAUACUAAAAGGGAGGCUGAAUUUGAAUUGUCUUGUAAAGAAGGAUUGAGAUCUAUCUUAAUGAGGCCAGGGUUUAUGUAUGACGAAUCAGAAUCACAUUCUCUCAAUAACCGAAUGUUAUUGACGAAUCUUCUAAAGUUGGGCUAUGAUACUAAACAUUGUAUUCUCGGAGAUCAUAUAUCAUACUUGAAUAAGUUGGUUAGACCUCCUAUAUCUACUGAAAAGGUGGCACGAAAACUAUUUGAGAAGUUAGAAAAUGAAACCUUUAGUGGAAUAGUUACAUUGGAUGAAAUAUAUAAGCAUUAG